GAGCUUAAGGAGUCGCACAGCAGGGGCCAAUGGGAGUGUGGAAGCUGGCCAAGGUGGUUCUCGGAUGGGCUGCGGUCUGGUGGGCCACGGUCUAUUCAGUGCAGGCACAAGGAGAUGGAGACAUCCAGGCCAGCCGAUUCACUGGAAAACCCGAGGGGGAGGUGCAACAGAGGGUCCGUCGGAGAGGCCAGGAGUCCCUCAGGGGGCCCAAUGUAUGUGGUUCCCGCUUUCACUCCUAUUGUUGUCCAGGAUGGAAAACGCUUCCCGCAGGGAACCAGUGUAUAGUUCCAAUCUGUAGGAACUCAUGUGGGGAUGGUUUUUGUUCGAGGCCCAACAUGUGCACAUGCUCCAGUGGUCAUCUUGCCCCUAGCUGUGGGGCGGCCGCAGUCCAGUCCUGCAGCGUCAGAUGCAUGAAUGGAGGGGUCUGUAAUGAAGACGCCUGCUCGUGUCAGAAGGGCUACACAGGAAAUCACUGUGGACAGCCUGUGUGUGAGAGCGGAUGUCAAAACGGCGGCCGUUGUAUUGGACCAAACAGAUGUGCCUGUGUCUAUGGUUUUACUGGACCGCAGUGCGAGAGAGACUACCGGACCGGGCCGUGCUUCACACAGGUCAACAACCAGAUGUGCCAGGGUCAGCUAAGUGGCAUCGUUUGCACCAAGACACUGUGUUGUGCCACCAUUGGGCGAGCGUGGGGUCACCCGUGUGAGAUGUGCCCUGCCCAACCCCAACCUUGCCGAAGGGGUUUCAUACCCAACAUCCGCACUGGUGCCUGCCAAGACGUGGACGAGUGUCAGGCCGUCCCGGGACUAUGUGCUGGAGGAAACUGCAUUAACACCGUGGGCUCGUACGAGUGCAAAUGCCCCGCGGGUCACCGACAAAGUGAGACCAGCCAGAAGUGCGAAGAUAUCGACGAAUGCACAACCAUAUCCGGAGUGUGUGAUGGCGGAGAAUGCACCAACACCGCCGGCAGCUACGUGUGCACCUGUCCGCGGGGAUACAUCACCAGCACAGACGGGUCCAGAUGUGUCGAUCAUCGGGUCGGUACGUGUUUCUCGUCUUUGUCGAACGGCCGGUGCGCGGGUGAAUUGUCCGGUCAGUUCACCAAGGGACAGUGUUGCUGCGACACGGGCCGCUGCUGGGCCCUCGGACACAUCCCAGAGAUGUGCCCCGUCAGAGGAUCUGAUGAAUACAGGCGACUGUGCAUCCAGAGGCUUCCUUUUGGCACCAGCAAUGGCGGCAUCAUCCACGACGGCAACGGCGGUCUGAACAUCGGCGGUUACGGCAAAGGACCCUCGCAGAACGGAAACAACGGUGGUGGCGGCUACAUAUACGGCGGCGAACACACCAAUGGAAACGGACACGGACACGGAAACGGGAACGGAAACGGCGGCCAGAAGAUUCAAAUCAGCCAGCUGAACGAGACCACGAUCGACGUGUGCAAGCAUUUCACCAACCUGUGCCUGAACGGCCGCUGUAUUCCCACGCCGACCAGCUACCGCUGCGAAUGCAACAUGGGCUACAGGCAGGACGUGCGCGGGGAGUGCAUCGACGUGGACGAGUGCAACAGUAACCCGUGUGUGAACGGAGACUGCGUCAACACGCAAGGAUCGUAUCACUGCAAAUGCCACGAGGGAUACCAGGGAACGCCGACCAAACAGGCCUGCAUUGACAUUGACGAGUGUAUCGUGAACGGGGUUAUGUGCCGAAACGGACGCUGUGUGAACACCGAUGGAAGUUUCCAGUGCAUCUGUAACGCUGGCUUUGAAAUCAGCCCUGAUGGGAAGAACUGCGUCGACCAUGAUGAAUGUGCCACCACCAACAUGUGCCUCAACGGCAUGUGUAUCAACGAAGACGGAAGCUUCAAGUGCAUCUGCAAACCUGGUUUUGCGUUGGCACCCAAUGGACGCUACUGCACCGACAUUGAUGAAUGCCAGACCUCGGGCAUCUGUAUGAACGGCCGCUGCGUGAACACCGAGGGCUCUUUCCGCUGCGAGUGCCCGCCAGGCCUGGCCAUCGGCGUAGAUGGGCGUGUCUGCAUAGAUACUCACAUGCGCACCACAUGCUACGGCGCAAUAAAGAUGGGCACGUGUUCGCGCCCGUUCCCCGGGGCGGUGACGAAGUCUGAAUGCUGUUGCGCCAACCCAGAACACGGCUUCGGAGAACCCUGCCAACCCUGCCCGGCAUUCAACUCAGCCGAGUUUCAGGCGGUGUGCAGCAGCGGACCUGGGAUCACCGCAGAUGGACGAGACAUCAAUGAAUGUGCUUUGGAUCCAGACAUCUGUCAAAACGGUAUCUGCGAGAACUUGCGCGGGAGCUACCGUUGCAUCUGUAACAUCGGCUACGAGUCUGACGCUAGCGGAAAGAAUUGCGUGGACAUUAACGAGUGUUUGGUGAAUCGCUUGUUGUGCGACAACGGCAUGUGUAGAAACACGCCCGGAAGUUACACUUGCUCUUGCCCCAAAGGAUUCUCCUUCAAAGCCGAUUCUGAGACAUGCGAAGACAUCAACGAGUGCGACUCCAACCCCUGCAUCAACGGCGUGUGCCGCAACAUAGCCGGUUCCUUCAAUUGCGAAUGUUCCCACGGCAGCAAGCUGGACUCCACCAACACCAUCUGCGUAGACAGCAUGAAAGGAACCUGCUGGCUGAACAUCCAGGACGGCCGCUGUGAGGUGAAUAUAAACGGGGCGACGCUGAAGUCCGAGUGCUGCUCUACGCUGGGGGCGGCCUGGGGAAGCCCAUGUGAACGCUGUGAAAUCGAUCCUGCCUGUUCGAAAGGUUUCGCUCGCAUGAAAGGUCUUGUGUGUGAAGAUAUUAACGAGUGUGAGGUUUUCCCCGGCGUGUGCACAAACGGCCGGUGUGUGAACACCCAGGGCUCGUUCCGGUGCGAGUGUGCCGAGGGACUCACGCUGGACGGAGCCGGACGCACAUGUGUUGACAUCCGAAGCGAGCAGUGUUACAUGAAGUGGGACGAGGACGAGUGUGUGGAGCCGCUGGCGGGCCGUUACCGGGCGGACAUGUGCUGUUGUACGGUGGGAGCGGCGUGGGGCGUCGACUGCGAGGCGUGUCCCAAACCAAACACUCCCGAAUAUAAGAGCCUCUGCCCUCGAGGACCCGGCAUCGCCAACCGAGGAGACAUCCUGACUGGAAGACCCUUCUAUAAAGAUGUGAACGAGUGCAAGGUGUUCAGAGGCCUGUGCACUCACGGGACGUGCCGAAACACCAUGGUGGCGAGCCUUCAAGUGUGUGACAGUGGCUUC